GUCGUCCUCGAAGCAAGUCAAUUAUGCAUCGUCUAUCUCAUGUUUGCCCGAAAUCUCGUUUCCUUUUUUGUAUGAGCAUCAUUUAUCUAUUUGCUUUUUCUUCAUUGUACAUCCAACUUCCUGUCCCCAAAGAUGGAGCUGAUUUCCUACAUAAUCCUUCUAUCCUUCGGUUUUCCGAACUCUUCGGAUUGAACACUUACUACAUGAUGGAGUUACUGAUUAUCUUAGGUGUACUCCUUUCAUUUAUGGCAUUCUUUUCUGAGUCAUUUCGCACAAUGACGGUGUAUUUCGCUUUGUGGAUUUUUUAUCUGUCUGUUUUCAAGGCUGGUCAAGUCUUCCUUUGGUUCCAAUGGGAUAUACUCCUAUUAGAAGCUGGGGCCUUGACGGUGCUACUAGCUGGCGUAGAUAUGAUAAUUUUCCGUUUUCCUUCAUAUACAGCAAGUGAUGGCAUAUCUCUCUGGUUGAUUCGGUGGCUAUUAUUUCGGCUUAUGUUUGCAUCAGGUGUUGUUAAGUUGACUAGCAAAUGUCCCUUGUGGUGGGGUCUUAGCGCUCUUGAUUGGCACUUUCAGUCUCAGUGCAUUCCGACACCUGCAGCAUAUUAUUUCCACUAUUUGCCAAAGUGGCUGCUUCAUCUUGCUGUCGCCGUUACUCUUAUUCUCGAAAUAAUAUUCCCUUUCCUUUUCUUUUUACCACUUCGAGGGAUACGGAUUUUCUCAUUCUACUCACAAAUUAUGUUGCAGCUUCUAAUUAUAAUUACUGGGAAUUACAAUUUCUUUAAUCUCUUGACGAUUGUCUUGUGCUAUUCAUUGCUAACUGAUUACGAGUUUCCUCUAACCUUAUGA